CAGGUAUAACAAUCUAUUCAUUCUUAAUGAGAGCGUUCGAGUUUGAAUCUAAAAUAUAAACUCAUUUGGAUAAAAUAAAAAUUAUCUUCAUAUAAAUUUUCUUUAAUUAAAUCUUAAUACUCGGUCAAAACAAAGACAAUGGGGGUAAAAUAUCCAAAAGAAUGUUGAGAUUUGCGAAGUGUGUUGAAGAAAAUGAGGUUAAGCUUCAUUCGACCAAUUUCAUGUUGUGCUGUUUCAUCUCCAACAACGUUAGUGAAACCUCAAACACCACUGUUUUUAAGGCCCCCCACCUUCAAAACAACCUUAACAGACCUCAAAAAAUGGCAUCUUUGGGCUAAAUCCUUAGCUUCUUCUGUAGGUUCAGCUUUCUUGAAUCUUGAUAAUGGUCCAGACUCCAACCAGUUACUUAGAGAGCUCAAUUGGCUUAUUGAAGAUGCAAUUGGGACACCCAAAUCAAUCUUGGAACAACCCCACAAAAGUAGGAAUGGUAAUAGUACUGUUUUGAUAAGGACAUGUUUGGAUGAACUUUAUGUGUUGUGGAAACAAAGGGUAGAAGAAAGAAGGCCAUUUCAGUAUGUGGUUGGUUGUGAACAUUGGAGGGAUUUGGUUUUGAGUGUUCAAGAAGGGGUUUUGAUACCAAGACCUGAGACUGAGCUGAUUGUGGACCUUGUGGAUGAGGCUAUUAAGGAGAAUGAGGAGUUGAGGGAUGGAUUGUGGGGUGAUUUGGGGACUGGGAGUGGUGCACUUGCUAUUGGGAUUGCAAGGAUUUUGGGUAGUAAAGGUAGAGUUAUUGCUACUGAUUUAAGUCCUGUUGCUACUGCUGUUGCAUCUUAUAAUGUGCAGAGGUAUGAUUUGGAGGAAAAAGUCCAUGUGAAGCAAGGAUCUUGGUUUGAGCCUUUGAGAGAUAAUGAAGGAGAAUUUGUGGGACUGGUGAGUAAUCCACCAUAUAUUCCAAGCAAAGAUAUUGGUGGACUACAAGCUGAAGUUGGUAGACAUGAACCUAGACUAGCGUUAGACGGUGGAGCAAGUGGUAUGAAUGACCUUAUCCAUCUCUGCGAUGGAGCUGUUUCGAUGUUGAAACCUGGCGGUUUCUUUGCAUUUGAGACAAAUGGUGAUGAGCAGAGCAAAUUCCUAGUCCAUUACAUUGAGACUAAGAAGCAAGGUAGCUUCUCUAAAGUGAAGAUGGUAUCAGAUUUUGCUGGCAUCCAGAGAUUUAUAACAGGAUUUAGAGGAAGAUGAUCUGUAACAAUCGCGGGGUGAGGGGUGGGGUGUUUACGAGAUUCUUUGCUCUUGGUUUGAACUAUUCAAUUUUGCUCUUUGGACUUACAGAAUGAUACAAUAUUAUCUGUGAUCUUGUGCAAAGAAACUUUUACUAGAAUGUAGUCUGAACAAUGUGAUAAAAGGCUAGAGCAACUUGAAUCCCGC